AUGAACACUGAAAAUGAAAAAGUUGCGGGACAUGCCAAGAAAAGAAAAGCUAAAAGUAACGAUAAUUGUGAAAAAUCGAAAAAGCUGAGGCUAGACCAAAAUACUAAAUUAUGCUCCUCAUUGGAGGAUGAUUGGAAGGCUUCUUUGGGAAUUUCAUUGGCUGAUCGAUUGGAAGCCAUCGCUUCCAAACGCAACAUGACCGUUUCCCAAGUCAAAAGAGUCCUCAAGGGGGUCCUAACUAAUGAUGAUGUUAUCCAACUUUUCCGCCAAUACAUUAACAAUGAUGUAAAUAUCGUUGAGCAAGGAUCUGGUGAGCCUUCUACAUCCAUUAAAAUGCAUGCAAAGUCCUUUGGCGUUCGAUCUUCCGACUUAUCAUCUGCCUUCCCCUUACAAUCUAGGAUAAUGACUCGUUCUCUUGCUCGUCGGGUUAAGGAGUCGAAUGUUCCCAGACAUACCUUAUCGACACAGUGUUCUUCGCAUUGUCCUCGUGAUGCGCAGACAAUUUUAGAUAUGGUAUUUUCAGAUGAUGAAAACGAGGCAUGCAUUGAUUCAAAUACUCCUGAAAUACACGGAGAAGUAUUUAGAAAGCCUACGUAUGAUGAAGAUUAUAUUCCAUCGGAAUAUGAUAGGAGACAACUGCUUAAAGAUCUUGCUAUUGAUUGUGCCUUUGAUAGGUCAUCAAAGAUUAAAGCUAAUAAAGUAAAAAGUGCUGGUCACUUGAUCAACUUAUCAAGAACAGAGGCAGAUCUUGAUGCCGCUCAAGACUACGUGGAUAUAAGCCCUUGUACUGAGAAUAUUUCAUCUGACGAGGAAUUUCUAUUUUGUGAUGGCAGAAACUCCAAUACAAGUACCUCUCCUUCAUCGUACUACACCCGAUCAAAAGCCUUUCAUAAAUCCAACGGUAAUGAUGACGCUGUUUUUAUUGAACAAAUUCCUCCCAAAUCGUCAUGCUCAACGCCUCCUUACCUUUCUCUUAGCGAGUUUUUUGAUGAUGAUCCCCGAGAGGAUUUAUCCAUUCUUUCCCCAUCUGAAGUGAAAUUUUCUAGAUCCGUCGAAAUUGCACACAUUGGCUUAAAUGGAACCUCAGAAUGUCCACCAAAUCAUGCAACUCCUUUGCCUUCAGAAAGCACAAAUAUUAAUGAAGCUCCGAAUAAUCAGACUAUCAUUAACGAAGCAGAG